CUUUAUCUACAGUUUGCCUUUUCUAUUCCACGUCAGUUUGAUGCUCCGGUUAUUUCGUCUGCCCUUACAUGCGAGUCAGUGUAUUUCACCUUUGGUAAGUGGGCAAUCUCAACAUUUUUUUUUUAUGAAAUCUGUUUGUGAAAGUAUACGCCACUUGCAUCAUGGAGUCUUUCACUGGCCUGGAUCGUAGGAAUGCUGUCUAUCUCAACAAUGCAGAUCAGCCACCCCACUUUUCUGUCUGUCAUGUUUUGUAUGCUUUUGUACUUUUUGAGCUUGUUUCUACCCACAUUCUCCAGUCAUGAUUUUAGAUCUUCCUAACCCCGUCAUCCAUCAAUCUAUAAAUCGAUGACGGGCGGGCAGACAAAUCCUCUGAAACAUGGACAAAGCGAGAGCAUGAAAAUUCUCGCGCACCUGUACUACCAAAACAGAUAAUACAGUCUACCCACUGUCGCUACUUUCUCAGAAAUCAAAUCCUGUAUUCCCCGAUAUCAACAUGGGUAAAAGUCCACAUGUAGCCAUUAUUGGUGCAGGCUUUUCCGGUCUGAGAUGCGCAGAUAUCCUUAUUCAAAAUGGCGCGCGAGUGACAAUCUUCGAAGCUAGAAACCGAGUCGGAGGGAGGGUACACCAAAGCAAGGUUGGGGAUCGCUUAGUCGAUCUUGGUCCUAACUGGAUCCAUGGCACUGGCACAAAUCCCAUAGUGAGCAUCGCAGAGUUGACGAAAACGACCAUAGAGGAUUUUGAGGGAAACCAGGUAUUCAUCUCUAUGGAUGGAAGCCCCAUUAACGACAAGACAGCUACCAAGAUCUCAGAGUUCGUAUGGAUGACCAUCGACGAAGCAUUCAAAUACAGUAACGCUUAUAAAGAUACUAUCCCACCGGAACGAAGUCUGUUCGACUUCUUCCUAGAUAAAGUCGAGAAAACAGACUUUACUCCAGAAGAGAAGAAAUGGUGUAUUGAAACCUGCAGAUUAUGGGGAGCAUACGUCGGCGACCCAAUCGAAAGGCAAAGUCUGAAGUUCUUCUGCUUGGAAGAAUGUAUAGAUGGCAACAACUACUUUGUAGCCUCCACUUAUAAAAACAUACUAGCCCACAUCUCCAGGGUCGCUCUGCAACACGCCGAUAUCCGAUUCAACCAACCAAUCACCAACAUCCACUCCGACGUCCAACAAGACCUAAACGCCCCUCACAAAACAACAUUAACAACCGCCACGGGCGAAACUCACACAUUCGACGAAGUGAUAGUAACGUGUCCACUGGGCUGGCUAAAGCGCAAUAAAUCCUCAUUCACCCCAGAGCUCCCUGCCCGUCUCGUCCAAGCAAUCGACAACAUCUCCUAUGGCCGCCUAGAGAAAGUCUACAUCACUUUCCCCCGAGCCUUCUGGCACAAGGACCCCAGUGACCUCACUACCAGCAGAGCCGCAAGUCACAGCGCCUACGAGCGUCCAACCUUCGCACAAUUCCUCGAUCCCACGUAUACAAAAGGACCUGGGGGUAUCCUCUGGAACCAAGAAUGCAUAUCCUUAGCCGCUCUCCCAGUCGACUGCGCUCAUCCAACUCUUCUCUUCUACACUUACGGACCCUGUGCUACCUAUAUAGUCUCCAAAGUGGCCAACCUCGACCCCUCAUCUCAAGACUACUACAAUUUCCUCGAUGACUUCCUCCGCCCAUUCUACUCCCGUUUGCAUGGGUAUUCGGAGUCAUCACCCAAUUGCAAACCGCUCGCUGUAAUGGCAACCCAGUGGCAGACUGAUCCAUACGCUGGGAAUGGGUCGUAUUGCAACUUCCAAGUUGGGCUUAGUCAGGGCGAUCGGGAUAUCGAGAUUCUGCGAGCGGGACUCGGGACGGAUCGUGGGGUGUGGUUUGCUGGAGAGCAUACGGCGCCGUUCGUUGCGCUUGGGACGACGACUGGGGCGUACUGGAGUGGUGAGCGUGCUGCUGGACAAAUCUGUCAAUUGUAUAGUCUUGGUAGAUUGGGGCUAGGCUUGGAAAGGGAUGAUUCUUUACCUUCAGCCGGUGGAGAAUAGGUCGUCGCUUAAGAUAUGUGGCGAACAAUACCCUUCCUUAUCCGCGUGAUCCGUGGAUGCCACGUAGAUGGAUAUAGCAGCUUUGCUGCUUUUGGAAUGAAGAUUUAGGAAAUAUAAUUGAGGACACACCGCGCAAUGUCAAAUUGAGCCAUG